AUGACAAAAGUACCUCCAAUACCACCACCAAAACCAAAAAUGUAUCAGAUACAAUAUCAACAUGGUCAAAUUGCUAAAUUUGGUCAAUUCUCAAGAAAUAUUACAGGUGGCCAAUUACCUCCACCACCAGGUGAUAGUGAUACGGAUUCAGGAAUAUGUGCUGAUUCAGACAAUCAAUUAUCACCGCGACAUAUUAAUGCCACCUUUCUUAAUAAUAAAUCAAAAAAGCUACAGCGUAAAUUUGAUAUUCCUGCAUAUGGCGAGCAUCUAACACCGGAAAAUGCACGGGAAGUGGAUACAUUCUCAUAUCAGCGACGCAUACCAGAAGAAUUACAAACGAACUACUAUAAUAGCCAAACAUCGAGGAACGGUAAACAGUACCGUGUCCGAUUUGCAGAUCAGGUAUUAUCAAUGGAUGAUGGUUCAUCAUCCUCUUCAUCUGGUUGGAAUAAUACCGAUCUGAUAGGUGUUAAUAAUUGUGGUACUAAUUAUUCUGACUGCUAUCUUCAUCGUUCGACGAUGGGAGGAGGAGGAGGAGGAGGAUCAACAACAACAUCAACAGUAUCGGUGAAUAAUCCCGAUCAGGUACAACAGGCAAUUGUUAGUAGCAAUAAUACUGGAAUUGUUAAUAAGCUUUCAAGCCAACAACAUGUCAACAACGAUCAAUUCAACUUCGGUUACAAUAAACAUCCUCAAACGAAACAUCAGCAACAAUAUCAGCAUCAAAUUAAUGGAUCUUAUGAAAAAGAUGAUAUUGCUUCAGCGCCUCUACCUCAAUCAUCACCUGGUUAUUCUAUGGUCAUGACGAGGCUUAGACGUAAUGAUGACCAACGACGGCUCGCUCAUUCAAACGAUUCAUCUUUUCCAGUAAUGCGACGUUUCCAUAAUCGUUCAGCAUCAUUACCCCGUGGUAUGCAUCGUCAAUCAAAUGCUUUAGAGAUACGCCGCGGAUCCAUCGAUUGUUGUUAUCCACUACAACAAGGCUAUUCAUCAUAUACGCCAGAAAAUGAAGCUGCCAUUAAUGGUUAUUUAAUGCGUAGCGUUGAUAAUCUUAGUAUUACGGAGGGAAAUCAUGGUUCAUUUAUGAGUGGUAUACGCUUAGGUUACGGACGUCGUCUUCCGGAUUUACCAACCAAUUGUGCUAUUCCGUAUGAUGGAGCUAUUCAGAAACAUACAUUUGGUAGACAAAGGAGGAUACGAAAAACAGGUGUUAAUAAUCGUUCACAAAGUGUUGGUCGAACAUCUCAUCCAUUCGAUUCUAAAAUGGUCAAUUGUCAUAUGAAUAGUUACAGUCCUUUACUUCAUCGAUCACAUUUACCAUCUGUUCGAGCCCAGCUAAUUGCUCUCGAUCAUAGAGGCUUACGAAUUGUCCUGAUUGAAAAGCUUCAGCCAGGUCCAUUUGGUUUUUACAUUGCUACUGGAAUACUUAACCAAAAACGUGGAAUUUUCAUCUCCCGCGUAUCAUUACCUUCAUUGGCACCGGUACUAUCAGUGGGUGAUGAAAUUAUUUAUGUGGAAGAUGAGCUGGUCAAAGGUGAGGAUUUGGAAUAUGUUCAGGCAUUAAUUGCUGGCAAAAGUAGCGUGAAGAUUGUUCUUUUACCGACAGUUGGGCCAAGUGCUUGUUAAUAUACCAUUCAUUUCAUUUUUCUGCAUCAAAUAUGGAAAACUUAUAUUUGCUGAACAAAUAAG